UGACUGCACAAGUUUGACAACUUCAGUAGUCUCUAGAACGAUUCGUUGUUUCUGUUUCGCUUAAAAAAGCUAGUUUAUAAAUCAUCUAGGGGCUAUGUUUGUACUUGAUCUUGUUUACUGUUAUUAAUGUCAUUAAAAAUUAAAACCCACUUAUAUAUUAAAAAAACUCUUUCACUCCAUCCAUCAGGUUUUAGCUGUUGACAAUAAUUUGAAACAUCUGCUUCUAAAAUUUGAAUACAUGGCUGUAACGCAGAGUGUAAAUUGUAGUCUUGAUGAUAUUGAUUUAAAUAGUUUAAAAGAUCCUGCUGGUAUAUUUGAAUUGAUUGAAGUAGUUGGAAAUGGAACCUAUGGACAAGUUUACAAGGGACGUCAUACAAAAACAGGACAACUUGCUGCAAUCAAGAUUAUGGAUGUCACUGAGGAUGAAGAGGAGGAAAUAAAAUUAGAAAUAAAUGUCUUAAAAAAAUAUUCACAUCACCGUAAUAUUGCAACUUACUAUGGAGCUUUCAUUCAAAAAUGUCUACCUGGGAAAGAUGAUAAACUUUGGUUGGUCAUGGAGUAUUGUGGAGCUGGAUCUGUAACUGAUUUAGUAAAAUCUACUAAAGGACAACCAAUAAAAGAAGAAUGGAUUGCUUAUAUCUGUCGUGAAAUUUUGAGGGGUCUAAGUCAUUUACAUGCAAACAAGAUCAUUCAUAGAGAUAUUAAAGGACAAAAUGUUCUUUUAACAGAUAAUGCUGAAGUUAAAUUGGUUGAUUUUGGAGUUAGUGCUCAACUUGAUCGCACAAUCGGAAGAAGAAAUACAUUUAUUGGUACACCCUACUGGAUGGCGCCUGAAGUAAUUGCUUGUGAUGAAAACCCUGAUGCUACUUAUGAUAACAGGAGUGAUCUGUGGUCCCUUGGAAUAACAGCUCUAGAAAUGGCUGAAUCUCAGCCUCCUCUUUGUGAUAUGCAUCCAAUGAGAGCAUUAUUUCUUAUUCCUCGUAAUCCCCCUCCUCGCCUUAAGUCUAAAAAAUGGGCAAAGAAGUUCCAUAGUUUUAUUGAAACUGUAUUAGUUAAAGAUUAUCAGCAAAGGCCUUAUACUGAUCAAUUACUGAAGCACCCAUUCCUUCGAGAUCAACCAACAGAACGACAAGUUAGAAUUCAACUCAAAGAUCACCUAGAUAGAUGUAGGAAAGUUAAGAAAGGAGAUGAAAGAGAUGUUGAUGAUUAUAAAUAUAGUGGAAGUGAUGGAGAAGAUGAUGAUGUGAUUCCUUUACAAAGCUCAAGAAAUUUAGCAGAAGUUGAUUCAACUCUGCGAAGAAAUUAUCAAGAUGACAGUAGGACUUUGACACCAUCUGGAAAUUAUCAAGCUUGUGAAACACCUUUACCUCCUCCUCGUCCACCUGUACCUCCUCAAAGACUAAUAGUUGUUCCUGAUCCUCCACCACCCAGUAAACCUUUGCCACCAAUACCUGGAGAAGAAAAAAAGCCAGCUACUCCACCAAGAAAUCAGCAACUUCCACCUCCAGCUUUACCUCCUAGUAGAAGUGCUGGAAUAAUUAAACCUAUUCCUAGGAAGCCAGAGGAAUUAGACGUGUCAUCACAUUUGGCUGACAUGUCAGUUACUGAUAAUUCCUCCAGUCCUAACCAUUCUAAUGUGCAACUGCCAAUUUUAUGUGAUGAAUAUUCUGUUUUAAAUGGUAGUUCUCCUGAGUUUCCACCACCUCCUCCACCAAUUGUUUCUGAUUCUGAUGAUGAAGAUGAAGAAGAUGAUGGCUUAGUUCAGAAUGAUGGUACUUUAUUGGCUUCUGAUCCUCCCAGACCUUUGCCACCUGACUGUUAUAAUACUGAUACACUACGAGCUUUAGUUCAGAAAGUGUCUAGUCAAGCACCUAAUCGUCCUCUUCCUCCUACUCCUGAUGAUGAAGAUGCUAAAGCAAAUCAGGAAUCUAGUUCAAAAGAACGAAAGGAUCACAAGGAUCAUGUGAGCCCAGUUUUGCAAGAUGUUGCUAGGUUACAGCAUGGACAGCGUUUGGAGUCUUCACAAAGCACUCCUGCAAACAUAGGAAUGGCAGGCUGCCAUCCAGGUGGAGCUCUACCAGAUUUAUUUCCUCAACAUUCCUCUCAACAUGUUCUUGGAGCAAAAGAAUAUAGAGCUGAUGAUUUCCACCAUAAACAGAGAUCUUUUUUGACUUUUGGAUUUGGAGCAGGAAGUGGAUCUUCCCCAUCACCCCAAAAGCUGUCUCAGAUCAAUGUUAAUGUUACACCAUCACCUCAUGAAAUCACACCAGAUACUCCUGAAAUUAGAAAGUACAAGAAAAAAUUUAAUUCGGAAAUUCUUUGUGCUGCCUUGUGGGGUGUAAACUUGUUAAUUGGUACUGAAACUGGAUUGAUGUUACUUGACAGAAGUGGACAGGGUAAAGUUUACCAGCUUAUAUCCAGAAGACGUUUUCAACAGAUGGAAGUUUUAGAAGGUCAAAAUAUUUUAGUAUCCAUAUCUGGCAAGAAAUCUAGAGUCCGUGUGUACUAUUUAUCAUGGCUCAAAAGUAAAAUUCUACGAUCUGAUGCGCAAAUCGACAGACAAAAUGGUUGGAUAAAUGUUGGUGAUUUACAAGGAGCUGUUCAUUUUAAAAUAGUGGUAUGGUCUAUUCCUCAACAUGGCUUUAAAGACUGGGAAAAUACUUUUCGAAUAUGGAGUGGCAAUGUGAAGUAUGAAAGGAUAAAGUUUCUGGUGAUUGCUUUAAAGGAGAGUGUUGAAAUCUAUGCCUGGGCACCAAAACCAUACCAUAAGUUUAUGGCAUUUAAAUCUUUUUCUGAUCUUUUACAUAAACCUCUUCUUGUGGAUCUUACAGUUGAAGACAAUAUUCGCCUUAAAGUGAUUUUUGGUUCUGCAGAUGGAUUUCAUGCUGUAGAUCUUGAUUCUGGUGCAGUGUACGAUGUAUAUCUUCCAGUUCAUUCACAAGGAAAUAUUACUCCACAUGCAAUAGUAACUUUACCUAAUUCUAAGGGGAUACAGCUACUUUUAUGCUAUGAUAAUGAAGGUAUUUAUGUCAAUACAUUUGGAAAAGUCAGCAAAAAUAUUGUUUUACAGUGGGGAGAGAUGCCUACAUCAGUUGCUUUUAUUGGAACUGGACAAGUCAUGGGUUGGGGAAAUAAAGCUAUUGAAAUAAGAAAUGUUGAAACUGGUCAUUUAGAUGGUGUGUUCAUGCACAAGAAAGCUCAAAGAUUAAAGUUUUUAUGUGAAAGGAAUGAGAAAGUAUUUUUUUCAUCUUCAAAAGGAGGUUCUGCCUGCCAAAUAUAUUUUAUGACUCUCAGUAAGCCAGGCAUGAACAACUGGUAGUAUUCUCUUAAGUGCAUAAACUUUUAUGUGUAGUUGCUGUAGUGUGUUUGUGCAUAAACAUUUGUAUUAUAUUGCUCAAUGUAUAACUUUUAUGAGCAGUUUGCUACUUUUGUAAAUAUUAAAGCAAGUUUUAUUUAUCAAAUUUGUGCUUGUUGAAAGUAUUUUAACAAAUUUAUAAAUAUAUGUUUUUUGUCUCUUGUAUCAAUCAGUGUAAUGUUUUUUUUUUUAAUUUAAGUUCAAAUAAAAAUUAUUGGCCUUUU